GAAUCGAGAGCAAGCAGUUCACAUUCUGAUGAAGGAGGCAAGAGCGAGCAGGUCACUUCUGAUGUAGGAAGCGAGAGCAAGAGGUUUAGAUUCCGAUGGGGAGGCGAGAGCCAUGAAAGUUUCAUUUGGCCCUGGGGACGCCGCUGAACGCGUUACCACUCGCCGCCGAAUGCUGCACCGCGAGACGCCACACCGCAGCCGCGCCGCCGCCCGAAUGCAUCGCCGCUACAUCGCGGACCGCUUCAGUGUCGUUCAGGCCAGGACGAACACCGGGCAAUGACGCUGUGAGCACUCGAACUCAAGACCACGACUCACGAGCCGAGUCGCAACCAGUUACCGGGAGCCACACCAUCUGCACGACGGAUCAGGCGUUGCCCCGGACGCCACCACUCACCUGCCUUGCGAAGGGGCGACCCAGCUGAGGACGAUCAGCAGGAAGCCAGGGUCGCGCUGUCGCCUGACCGCAUACACCAGACGGCCAAGGGAAAGAACAGCUGCUUGCGUCACAGGGCUCAUGGGCGCCGUCCUGCCUGAAGGACGAACUCUAGCCUAAAUGGCCAUAGUGGAUGGCGAAGUUAUUAGCUCAAUUGGAAAUGGCCUCUGUGUAUUAAUAGGGAUUUCCCGCGAAGAUUCUGCCAGUGACAUUGAGUACAUAGUCCGUAAAAUAUUGAACAUAAGAUUGUUUAAUGGAGAAAAUGGUAAAAGAUGGGAUGUUAGUGUAAAAGAAAAAGGUCUGGAGAUUCUUUGUGUCAGCCAGUUUACAUUGUACCACUGUUUGAAAGGAAACAAGCUGGAUUUUCGUAAUGCUAUGACAGCUGAAAAUUCAGAAGAGUUUUACCAAACUUUUCUCAUGACUUUAAAGAGGCAGUACAAGCCUGAACUAGUUAAAGAUGGAAAAUUUGGAGCGUACAUGAAUGUUCAGAUCGAGAAUGAUGGACCUGUUACAAUUGAGUUGGAAUCCCCGAAGAAACAACAAUGAAAUGAAGCAGUAGCAUAUGUGCAUUAAUGGCCACUCCUCCUGCGACCGUCGCUGAUAGAUAUCAAAACCUGGUAUUGAGAACUUGAUUUGUGGCAACAGGUUCCGUGCAUUUUGAAUAAUGGUGGUUACCUAAACACCUAACGCUUCUCGUAGCGCGCCCACAGUUAGCUUGAGUGUGAUCAAAUCUUUGGCAGUUUUUACACUGAAUUGGUAAUUUUUGGUUGGAUCUAGGAAAUACCAUAAUAACACUAUAUAAAAAUCUAUCUAAGGCUAGAAUGCUCCUUCCCUUGUUAUUGUCCUCUAAAUCUACAGCACAGGUUGUUAAUGGUUUUUUGUCUUUUCCAUGAAGGCGAGUUACUUUCAUUACUGGGUAUUUUUUCACUAGUUCUUCGAAGAUUUCGGUUUCACUAUAUAGUGUGAAUAUCUUUAAUAACAAUUGAAAAUGUUUUUACGCUUGUGUCACGAAACGUGUGGUAUUCUAUGUUGUUUUCGUUACAAAAUUUACGAAGAUCUCUAAAAUCUUCUAUUGAAUUAAGUUUUACUUUCAUUCUGUCUGCUUUUAUUUUUGUUGUAAAAUCUUCUUUAACUACAGUUUUAAUGUCAUUUAUUAACAGUUGAAAAUUUUCCGCUUUGUGUAUAAUUAUAGGAGGAAUUUUAAUCACUGUUUCCGCGGCACUGAUAUGUUCGUCCUCAUCUGUAUCGUUAUUUAAUGUUUCGAACCUGUUUCCUGUAGGAAUAGCAUAUCGUGAAACAGAUCCAGUUUUUUGCCUUUUGCGCUCACUUUGUUCUGUUGGGGCAGGUGCACUGUGUUGCAAGGCCGGCCAACUAGAGCGUUGGCUGUUUUGUACUUAAGUUAAUCACCAUUAAUGUCCCUCAAUUUAAUUUGGCAUCAGUGUUUAAAAAAAUGUCAUGACUGAAAGGACAAUAAUGAAAAUCUUUUCUUAAUAAUUAAAAUCAAUUGAAUAUCUAAAAGGCAAUACUAUGUAAUUCUGAGUGUAUGAUGUGAUAUUGUGUGUAAUUGAGCAACUUGCUGUGGUUGUGGGCAAUUAAUAUAAUGUCAGAAAGCAAAUUUACAAGUCUAAAAACUAUUUUGGGAUAAAUCGAUUUGAAGUAGAUUCUGUUAAAUCUACUCGAUAUCUUUUCCUACAUAGGGCAUAAAAUCUCUUCUUCUAACACAUAAGAUGGAUUUUUUCCUGAAUAUCCAAGCCUCAGGACUCAAAUAUUUUAUUGAUCAAAAGAAUAGUAGAAAUCUGCAUUGGCAGUGUAAAUAAAGUUAUAGUUUCACUUGUAUACACAUAAAAUGUACCAAAUUAAAGGUGUUUGUUUCUCAUAUGAAAAGUCUUCCUAACUGUUUGCCUUGUGAACUAUAUACAUAGCUCUUUGUACAAUAGUUUGGGAUUGUUACCAGGAAAUUUACACUAUUUUCUAAACAUAUUUUUUCACAACUGCUAAAUGACGAUUUAAAGAAUUCUUUUAUGAAUGAUA